AUGGAGAUGAUCCAAGAAGAGGAUCCCAUUUGGAGAAAUGCUCGAAGUGGCAGCAUAAGCGGCGGAUGGUAUAAUACGCGACGACAGUAUCGUUCGGUAGCGUUUGGUACCUGGAAAGUUGGGGGUGCCCGAGAUUUGUCUGUCAAGCGCGGUGCUUCCGAGGGCGAAAGCCAGUUAAAAAAGUAA